AUGGCGAACCGCAUGUCCGUCUACUCGAUGGCCUCGGAGCCUGGCCUGACCGGCUCUAGGGGCGGCCAGCAGUCUGCCCAGGUCUCGACAACAACGUUGCUGAACUCGAUUCACAACAUCUACCUUUCCUCCCAACCAUACCAGCUUGACGCGGGGACAAGUCUCGUAGUCAACACGUGGCUCACGGCCUCGCAGCCCGGGCAAAAUGGAGUCAUUGGCGGCACGAUAGACACCGAUCUCGUCACAAGGGCUUGGGAACAUGCCCGCCGCCGUGCCGAAGAUGGUUGCAUCAUCUUUGGCUCUCUCCAUACAUCUACCCCCUCCCUUCUCCGACCUGCGCUCUCGUCCCUCCCUGUAUCCAUCCCGAGUUCGAUCCUCCAAUCCCUGCAGGCUAUCGAGCCUUUCCUCCGAUGCGUGACACCGUACAACCCGUCAACACCACGAGAAAUUGCCCUAGGUGUCACUUUGACUCUUAACCUCACCGGCAGGGUAGUCGGUGCAUCAGUGGCCUUGUCACAGGGCGGGAUCGACACCGACAAGGGUUUGCUCCGCAUCCCCGCUGAGGCGGGCAACCGUGCCUUUGACGUCUUUUACUAUCUCCUUACAUCGGCCUCUACCCCGGCCGAGCGGGAAUUUUUGGGUCUCAAGGGCGCGUCCAGCUAUAAUUUGCUAGCUCGCUCUGGCACCUAUGACCCUCCGUCCUACCUGCCCACCGCCGACGAUGGUGCCGCGGCCGACGACUUCCGGUCUGCCUUGAAGGAGAUUGGCAUCAAGGGAUCUGCCCACCGCAACUUCAUCUCCACCCUUGCCGGCCUCCUGAAGCUGGGCAACACUGUUGACUACAACGUUGACGGGGAUGUCUUGGACGAGAUCAGCGAGGAUGUCGGUGGGCUUCUUGGCCUGGAGCCCGAGGUUCUCGCGAGGCAAUGCACCACGGAGGACCGCGCUACGUUUGUCGGGGGCCUUUAUGAAGCAUUGGUGGAUUGGGUCAUCAAGAAGGCCAACGAGGCCAUCGCCGCCCAAAUGGGUCGGAUUAGGGACGGAGAGGAAUCGGCAGACGGCAGCCAGGUCGGCGGGGCACCCAACCCCGUUGAGGACACCGGAGAUACCGGUAUCAACCUCGGUCGCGGCGGCCGUUUUGACCUGCCUGCCAUGCUUAGCACAAGUCGGGCGUGGUAUCAUCUCUGCAUCCACCCGACCGAUGAGUCGCCAGCUAACCUGGCGGCUCUGCCCUCGGUCAACUCGGCGUGGUCGGCCGGCACUGUCUCGAGACAACUCCGGUCCUGGCGGCUUCCAGAGUGGUCCAACCGGCGGAACAAGCGCCUCGAUUACACCGUCGAUUUCGAUUUUGAAGAGUUUGUGGCCCGCUACCGUAUGUUAGGGUGCAUGGAUGGCCGCGACGGUAUCGGGAGUUGGAUUCUCGAACGUGGCUGGGCCAAUGGCGAGGUGGUGAUCGGCCGCGAGCGCGUGUGGAUGCGGGAGAGUGCUUGGUGGGAGGUUGAGGGCGUGAUGGAUAUGAAACCUGGGGAUGCCGAGAGACUCGGGAGCAUGCCUAAUAUGAUGCCUCCUGGUGGUCUCGCCACCGGCUAUUCUGCUGCCGGAAACGGCUACUUCCCCCCGCAGCCAUUCCAGGACGCCUCCUCCAACGGGAGCCGCGAGCACCUGGUCCACCAGAGGAACAUGAGCCAGGCGACCUUAGGCGGCGGGGUUCGUCCCAUGAUGGCCCCAUCCAUCGCGCCUACCGCCGUGACCGGUAUGCGUAACGUCGUCGCCGGCGACUACGGUCUUGGCCACAAGGGCGACACUCACAAACAAGACGCCUACUACGACGCCGACGGCCAGUUGGUUGGCCUCGAAAGCGAUCUCGCGGCCAACAAAAAGAUCGAGGAGCAGCCCAUCUCUGCUGGGAGAAGGGCGUGGGUAAUCAUCGUUUGGGCACUGACUUUCUGGAUCCCGUCGCCUCUUCUCCAUUACGUCGGACGCAUGAAGCGGCCCGACGUGCGGAUGGCGUGGCGGGAGAAGCUCGUCAUCUGUUUUAUUAUCGCGCUUCUCAACGGUAUAAUUGUCUUCUGGAUUAUCUUCUUUGGUAAACUGCUCUGCCCCGACUACGACAAGGCCUGGUCCCGGAACGAGGUUAAGAACCAUCAAGGAGCGGAUGAUUUCUGGGUCAGCGUCCACGGCAAGGUCUACGACAUCUCCAAGUUCUGGAAGUUGGAGCACGGCACCCCUGCUUACGAAACCACGCGCGAAAACAUGGAGCCCCUGGGUGGCCUGGAUAUGGACAACUACUUCAUCGUGCCGCUCACCCUGGCAUGCCCUGGGCUAGGCAUCAAGGAUGAGACGAUCCGGCUCGAGCUCAACAACACGGACUCGCAGGAGUGGCAGCUGGCCAUCCACGAUUCUGGUCACUAUGCCAGGGACCCCACUGGCUCCAUGGGGAAGGUCGACUGGUAUUCCAAGAAGUUCUUGCCGCGCAUGAAGGAAUACAUCACCGGAGAACUUGUCUGGGAUCCAAACCAGAUCAAGAGAGAAGGUGAUGAUGACCAGCGCCCGUGGUUCAUCUGGGAAAACAGAAUCUAUGACUUGACCGACUACGUGAAGACCCAAAAGGUCCAUCGCGACCAUCCCAACUGGGCCUUUUUGCAUCCUAAGGUUGUGAGCACCAUCAAAAACAACCCCGGCCAAGACCUUACCGAGCAAUUCGCCAAGAUUCUUGACGAUGCGAAUUCCACCGAAACGGUCAACAUCAAGAACACUUUCAACUGCCUCAACAACCGGUUCUACCUGGGCAUCACGGACUACCGUGAGACGGCCAGGUGUCAGUUCAACAAGUGGAUUCUCAUUGCCUUCACCAUCGUCAUCUGCGCCGUGAUCCUCAUCAAAUUCGUGUCGGCCCUCCAGUUCGGUUCUAAGAAACGCCCCUCCCCCCAGGAUAAGUUCGUUAUCUGCCAGGUGCCGGCGUACACGGAAGGCGAAGACUCGCUGCGGCAGGCGCUUGAUUCUCUCACUGCCUUGCAGUACGACAAUAAGCGGAAGCUGAUCUGCGUUAUUUGUGACGGUAUCAUCGUCGGUGCCGGAAACGACCGUCCCACUCCCAAGAUCGUCCUGGAUAUCCUCGGCGUGGACCCGAAGGUUGACCCGCCCGCACUAGCGUUCAAAUCGGUUGGCACGGGAGGCGAGCAGCUCAACUACGGCAAGGUCUACUCUGGCCUGUACGAGUACGAAGGCAACGUGGUCCCCUACCUUGUUGUCGUCAAGACGGGCAGGGAGUCGGAGCGUGAGAAGACCAAGCCCGGCAACCGCGGCAAGCGUGACUCGCAGAUCCUGCUCAUGAGCUUCCUCAACCGCGUCCACCACCGCGCUCCCAUGAAUCCCCUCGAGCUGGAGAUGUUCCACCAGAUCAACAACAUCAUCGGCGUGGAUCCCGAGCUGUACGAGUAUCUCCUGAUGGUCGAUGCCGAUACCAAUGUCCGCGAGGACUCCCUCAACCGUCUUGUUGCGGCCUGUGCCAACGACGCAAAGAUUGCUGGUAUCUGUGGCGAGACAAGCUUGCAGAACGAGGAACGCUCGUGGUGGACUAUGAUCCAAGUCUACGAGUACUACAUCUCGCAUCAUCUCGCCAAGGCCUUCGAGUCGCUGUUCGGUAGCGUUACCUGCUUGCCGGGAUGUUUCUCCAUGUACCGGCUGCGGACGGCUGACAAGGGCAAGCCUCUGAUCAUCUCCGACGACAUCAUCCGCGACUACAGCGACUGCAAUGUUGACACGCUCCACAAGAAGAACCUGCUGUCGCUCGGCGAGGAUCGUUACUUGACCACCCUCAUGACCAGGUACUUCCCCUACAUGUCGUACAAGUUCAUCCCCGAUGCCUACUGCCAGACCGCGGCACCCGAGAAGUGGAGCGUCUUGCUGUCUCAGCGUCGUCGCUGGAUCAACUCCACCAUCCACAACCUGAUGGAGCUGAUGUUCAUCCCCGAACUGUGCGGUUUCUGCUUCUUCUCCAUGCGCUUCAUGGUGUUCAUCGACCUCUUUGGCACCAUCACCCUCCCAGCAACAUGCGUUUACCUCGGCUGGCUUCUGUACACGGUCAUCACCCGCACCGGCCCGUUCCCCUUGAUUUCCGUCAUUAUGUUGGCAGUCGUGUACGGCCUCCAGGCCCUGAUCUUUAUCCUCAAGCGCCAGUGGCAGCACGUUGGUUGGAUGAUCAUCUACAUCAUUGCCUUCCCGGUAUACUGGCUCAUCUUGCCCAUCUACUCGUUCUGGAACCAGGACAACUUCUCGUGGGGUAACACGCGUAUCGUUAUUGGCGAGUCUGGCAAGAAGCAGGUGGUUGCCGUUGACGAUGAAGGUUUCGACCCGCGGUCUGUGCCACUCCAGCGCUGGGAUGAUUACGCCCUCGCCAACAAUCUCCCCGGCCGGCGCGGCGGCCACUCGGAGAAGCACGGCAUGGACGUCAACGUGGGCAUCAUGAUGUCGAUGGGCGCCGACCAGCGCCGUUCGCACACGCCCUACGCCGACUACCCGCGUAGCAACAGCGGCCGCCAAUCUCCGCGGUAG